GCCAGCCCCGUUUCUGGCUAUUGGCCUGGGAGGACUAGGCUAGGGAUCGCGUUGACAUGGUAGUAUUUGCAUUGUUGCGGGAAGAUGUCGUAGUCGUCCUGGUUCGCUUACAUGGUAUGCGUGGUGAGUAUUUGGUCAUUGUCAGUGCGGCGAGGACAAGGAAGGGCACGGGCACCUCGGCAAGAGAGGUGGCCAGCCUUCCCGCUGAAGAACCACGCACGCUCCUCGCUCAACUCCCGUCGACUUACGACUCGUAGGCUCAGUUGAGAUCGCGGUUUCAUCAAAUAUUACAUCUUGAUCUAGCCUUAUUCGAACUACCUACUCGUGUGAGUGGCGGGUUGUGCGUGAUGUAGUGCUCAGGUCUUUGCUUCUUUUGGGUGAACAAUACGAAGGGUCGUUGCCAAACCAGCCAGGAACAAUAUCAAGAGAACAAUCCACUAUUCCUACGCCAGCAUGCCCAUUUUCCUCCACCUGCUACACCAUUCUUCGUCUCACAGAAUGUCGCUCAGUAUGCUGUCCAAGCACUGCCGCUGGCUGCAUUCUUUAUAUUCGGCCGGCGCAGCUACUUCUCAUCCUUUCCUAUCACGUCAGGACGAGCCCUCGCCAUCAUCCAGCCAAUAUUCUGCACCUAGCUCUUCGCCUGCAUCUGUCCAGACGGGUGACACGAAUCGAGAUACUCUCUUGCAAGCUUCUGAUCCAAAACCAGUCCUUACUUGCGUCACCCUUUUCUUGCACACUCCGGUGAAGCCCGACAGUCAUACAUUCGGUCAUACAGACACAAGUUGAGCUUUCACAGGCUCAAGGCAACCGGCCCGUGUAUCAAGUAGAACCAGCGCAUAUUCUCCUCCUCUCCGGUAGUUACCGAUAAUUGCUCGUAUAACAUUGUCCGAAGAGGAUCGCGAACCAGAGCUUUCGUGACAUCGCCACCGAGAUUCGGCAACAAUUCACGAAAAACACACUGUAUCAUGGCCCUAUCCGACCCGUUCUCACAAACUUUCGUCCUCACUGCGUCUGACGGCGUCACCGAAAUCCCCGUUGCGGUUGCCGAUGUCAACGAGUUCAUCCUAUACAGCGUGAAAACGGUCAUCAAUUAUGGCGCCCAGAUUGGGAGCUCCUCCAUACUGCUGCUCGUCUUGGUCUGCAUGACACCCUCGGCAAGAUUCGUCAAGCUAUCCCAGUGGCUUCACAUCGCCGCCUUGACCGUCAACAUCGUUCGCAUGAUACUCCUAACUGUUUUCUUCACGAGCAGUUGGAACGAGUUCUACACAUUCUUUGCUGGCGACUAUUCUCGGGUCGCCCCUCGGGAUUUGCAGUGCAGUGUCGCAUCCGAAAUUGCAUCAUUGGCUCUUUUCAUCAUGGUCCAAGCCGUCCUCGGCUUACAGGCUUGGGCGACUGUCAACCUCUUACCCGCUGUCUGGAAAUGGUCCUCAGUUUUACUGUCGGCUUGUGUUUCUUUCACGGCCAUCGGCAUUCGCGUGGCAAGCGCAGUAGGCCAGAUCAGGUUCAUGCUGACGCUGUCCGAUACACCAUCCGUACUGGUGGCCCUCCUGACCAGUGUCAUGGGUGGCACUUCUAUAUUUUAUUAUUGCGCUCUCUUCAACGUCAAGCUGGUGAGCCAUCUUGUGAAGAACCGAACUUUUCUACCGACGCGGCGGGGCCUGUCUGCGGUUGAAGUACUGGUUAUCACAAAUGGCAUUCUGAUGAUCAUUCCUGUCAUAUUUGCCGGCUUUGGGUGGCGCAAUUGGCAGGCUUUCGAACCUGGCUCUCUGGCCCUCACGUCCGUGAUCCUAUUCCUUCCCCUCGGAACGCUGAUUGCCCAACGCAUUGCAACGCCGGAAUCUUACCACGAAGUCAAAGCCCGUCACCAAACGAGCACGGGACGAUCAGAUAUGCCCUUUAAGGAUAUCUCCCAAAUUGGUUCCGAUGCCACUGAGAGCAAUGCGGCUACGAGCACCGUUACAUCUCGGAUAGAGGCUGGCCGUUCUCGUGUUGCAAUCGAUCCCAUAGACCUCGAACUGCGGCGCCUCGACGGAUACGACGCUGAAAUGGGAGUAGUGCGAGUCAAUCGCGAAUUCGAUCGACGCGAGGACAGGGUUUAG